AUGGUGUCUCCCGCAUCGUCGCUUCAAUCGCUACCAGAUGUACAUGUCAACGGUAAUGAACCAAAUAAGCUACCGGUGCGCUCUGCGCCCAAGCUAUACGGUAGCAAUGAUGGCGCUUCAUCAGGCACUGGGACCCCAAUUGGGUUUCAAAGGCAACCGCACAACAAGAUCCUCGACAGCGUAGCUGGCUCGAACGUUCGGAUGCCGUCUCCGCAGCCUACUCACCUGGCAAUUCCUGGUAGUCCGCAUCGAGUCCUUUCCGAGGAGGAUCCAGGUUAUAUAGCUGCCAAGUUUGAGGGCAAAGAACAUCAGAUGGAGGAAGUUAUGGAUCAGCUGGAAAAGAAGGGCUUUAUUCCCCCAGAAUUCAUCGUGGGAGAAACAGAGUGGUUCUACAACCAGCUCGGAAUCGAUGACACCUAUUUCCAGACGGAGACCGUGGAGGCAAUAGUCACGCAAAUUCUUUCCUUAUAUGCUGCAAAAGUCGCUGCCUACGCCCGUGAUGAUAAGAAGCUCGAGAUUCGCUUAGAUAAAGAGGCUGAAGACCAUGCCGUCUAUAUUGACACGAGCAAGCCGGGCUUCUCAAGCGUCAAUGGGCCAGGCUACGAGCAGAGAAUCGACAAAAAAUACAUCGACGGCUCGACUCAUGACCACAGUUAUCGAAUUGAGACUUUCCGCUCUCCCACUCCAGUUCCCGGUGAUGACGGACAGCAGCUCCGAUGCUACUUCGUGUAUAAGUGUCAAUUCGCAAACCCUAACCCGGGACCACAGGAGACCAAUAUCGACAUUAUCGGUGAGAAGAGAUUCUUGCAAAAAGCGACGCCUAACACCAAAGCCAUUUACCAAGAGAUCAUCAGCAACGCUGUUGCUCGGGCUGGUCCCGUCAUUGAGAUGUUUGAGAUUGAAGGAUCUCGCGAAAAGCGUCUUGUUAUCGCCUACCGUCAGGGCUCCGCUAUGGGUCUGUUCAGUGCACUUUCCGACCUAUAUCACUACUACCGCCUGACAAGCUCUCGGAAGUACUUGGAGAACUUCUCCAAUGGAAUUACUGUCAUCUCUCUUUACCUGCGUCCUCUGAAGAACGCAGAGGUUGCUGCCAAGUUCCCCCCAAUUGAGGCCGCAGUUCACCAAAUCAUCAAGGAAAUCUCUCUACUAUAUUGCAUCCCUCAGAACAGGUUCCAGCAUCAUUUUGCGAGCGGACGUCUCAGCUUACAGGAGACCAUUUACGCUCAUUGCGCAUGGGUGUUUGUCCAGCAAUUCUUGAAUCGUCUUGGCUCUGAAUACACUUCUUUAACCGAUCUAUUGGACUCGAACAACAGCACACACGCAGAGCUGUUGGCGAAGAUCAAGAAGAGGCUGCGUACCGAGACAUUCACUUCUGAUUAUAUAGCAGAGAUUGUCAACAAGUACCCUGAUCUCAUCCACAAGCUUUACCUUGACUUUGCAAACACUCAUUACGUGCAGACCCAAGGUCCGACCGAGGAUGAUUUCCUUCCGACGCUGAGUUAUCUACGUCUCCAGGUUGACCAGGUGCUCGAUAGUCGGCAGUUGAAGCAAUUGGUCUCGAGCACAGCGGCCAAUGAACAUGACGAAAUGGUCAUGAGUGCCUUCCGCGUGUUCAAUGCCUCCAUCCUCAAAACUAACUUUUUCACACCGACCAAGGUGGCUCUCAGCUUCCGACUCGAUCCACAUUUCCUUCCGGAACACGAGUAUCCUCAGCGACUGUAUGGAAUGUUCUUGGUCAUCAGCUCCGAAUUCCGGGGGUUCCAUCUGCGCUUCCGAGACAUUGCCCGAGGUGGCAUCCGUAUUGUGAAGAGCCGAAACAAGGAAGCGUAUAGCAUUAAUGCUCGAUCACUGUUCGAUGAGAAUUACAAUCUCGCCAAUACACAGCAGCGCAAGAACAAGGAUAUUCCGGAAGGUGGAGCAAAGGGAGUCAUCCUUCUCGACGUGAAUCACCAAGACAAAGCUCGUGUUGCUUUCGAGAAAUAUAUCGACAGUAUCUUAGAUCUUUUGUUACCACCAGCCAGCCCCGGCAUUAAGGAUCCUAUCGUCGAUCUAUACGGCAAGGACGAGAUCCUCUUUAUGGGCCCUGACGAGAACACGGCAGAGUUAGUUGAUUGGGCCACAGAGCACGCUCGCAACCGCGGUGCCCCUUGGUGGAAGUCUUUCUUCACCGGCUUGAGCCCUCGUCUUGGUGGAAUUCCUCAUGACACAUAUGGAAUGACUACUCUAUCUGUUCGCCAAUAUGUCCUUGGAAUCUAUCGCAAACUGAAAAUUGACCCCUCCACAAUCCGAAAGCUGCAAACUGGUGGACCUGACGGUGACCUUGGCUCGAAUGAGAUCCUCCUCGCCAACGAGAAGUAUACUGCAAUUGUUGACGGAUCCGGUGUCAUCGUGGAUCCGCAAGGCCUGAACCGUGAAGAACUUGUGCGGCUCGCGAAGAAGCGGGCGACAAUUUCCGAGUUUGAUGUGUCAAAGCUUUCACCUAAUGGUUAUCGUGUGUUGGUGGAUGAGAGCAAUGUCCACCUUCCAAGCGGAGAGCUGGUUCAUAACGGAAUGGUAUUCCGCAACAUGUUCCAUCUGCGCAAGGAACUAACAUACGACACUUUUGUUCCCUGCGGCGGGCGCCCCGAGUCAAUUGAUCUUUCAAAUGUUGGCAAGCUUAUUGAGAACGGCAAAUCCACCAUUCCGUACAUCGUCGAGGGUGCCAAUUUGUUCAUUACGCAAGACAGCAAGCUCCGACUUGAGAAAGCUGGAUGUAUUCUUUUCAAAGAUGCCUCCGCCAAUAAGGGUGGCGUUACCUCUUCCUCAUUGGAAGUCUUGGCCUCACUAUCUUUUGACGACCAAGGUUUUGUGCAGAACAUGUGCGUUGGAGAUGAUGACAGCGUUCCUGAAUUCUAUAGGGAAUAUGUUAAGCAAGUACAAGAGGUCAUCAAAGAGAACGCCACCUUGGAGUUCGAAGCAAUAUGGCGCGAGCAUGAGCAGACCGGAAUCCCUCGCAGCGUCCUCAGUGAUAGGCUCAGUGUUGCCAUCACUCAGCUUGAUGAAGAGCUGCAAAAGACGGAGUUGUGGGAUAAUGUUGAGCUCCGCAGGUCUGUCCUCAAUGACGCUCUGCCCAAGCUGCUUCUGGACAAGAUAGGUCUCGACACGAUUCUCCAGCGGGUUCCUGAGAACUACCUGCGGGCCAUCUUUGGCAGCCACCUUGCGAGCCGCUUCGUGUACGAAUACGGCAGCAGCCCCAGCCAAUUCUCUUUCUUCAACUUCAUGACCAAAAGACUUGCACAGUCCAAAGCAUAAAUCCGUCUAGACUUCAGGACUUCUGUUCCAUAAACAGUAUCUUCGGUUCCACAGUGAUAUACAUUUGCAGCGUCACGAGUAUCGAUUUAUGACCUUACUCUAUCCUGUCUUGGGGAUAGAAAAAAGCCACGAUAGUUAUAGUUUUAAUCUCACAUCACAAGUUCAUAUCUGUU